GAAGAGGUGCAAGAAGGAACGCCUGCUUCUCGCUCGGUUCUUUCCAGAACUCCUUCCUGGAACCGCUAACUGAAAAAUGAUUAUGCAGGUAUCCACAGAGCAGCGUUUGUUGUGGACUGGGUUGUUUGUUACAGCAAUUUUUUAAAGAUGCAAGCCUUUCCAAAGCUGUGAAACGCUGUGAGAAAAUAGGACACAGAGGAAAAUCCUCGGAAACCGCUCGCAUCCAACUGUUAGCCUGUUUCGAAUGCUUUAAAAAUGCCUGAGGUUCGGGACCUUUCUGAAGCUUUGCCAGAGAUGCCAAUGGACCCAAUCACUGGAGUUGGAGUGGUAGCCUCUAGGAACAGAGCACCCACUGGAUAUGAUGUGGUCUCAACAACAACAGAUGGCCUGGAUGCUGACCUAUGGAAAGAUGGCCUUUUCAAAUCCAAGGUGACCCGUUACCUUUGCUUUACCAGAGUCUUCUCUAAAGAAAAUAGCCAUUUAGGUAAUGUUCUUGUGGAUAUGAAGCUGAUUGAUAUAAAGGACACUUUGCCUGUGGGUUUCAUCCCGAUCCAGGAAACUGUUGAUACUCAGGAGCAGGCCUUCAGGAAGAGGAGACUCUGCAUCAAAUUUAUUCCACGGGACUCCACAGAAGCAGCCAUCUGUGAUAUUCGCAUUCUGGGGCGCUCCAAGCAAGCCCCUCCUCAGUACACUUUCAUAGGGGAACUCAACAACAUGGGAAUCUGGUAUCGCAUGGGAAAUGUGCCUCGGGCCCAGGACUCCAUACACACACCAACCACCAACAACGUCCAUAAUGUGAACUCCUCCAGCUCUGCGCCAGCCCCGCCAGCUCCCAUGCCUAAGCAUAUUUCGAUGACCCUCCCUGCUAGCUUCAGAGGGAAGAAUACUACCAGACCAGACUAUGAGCACCAGAACUCCAACCUAUAUGCAAUCUCAGGUGAGGUCUCGAGAGUUUAACGGACUUCUUAACAUUCUCACUCAGAAAC